AUUCCUAUAAAGCUAAAAAUCGAGGCGGGGCCGAGAGACUGCGGCGGCUGACUAGGUGUUCGGACCGCGGCGCGGCGGGGAAGAGAGACUGCGGCGGGAGGGCCAGGCCGUGGGAGAGACGCGGGAAAGUGCGGGUCGCAGAGGCACUUGACCACCCCGCCCUAGGCCGACCCGGCGGACGCGGCGUCUGGUCCCAGGUCUCCCCGCUGCGCUGCUUGAGGCCCGGCCAUGGCCCAGCAGAGAGCCCUGCCCCAGAGCAAGGAGACGCUGCUGCAGUCCUACAACAAGCGGCUGAAGGACGACAUUAAGUCCAUCAUGGACAACUUCACCGAGAUCAUCAAGACCGCCAAGAUUGAGGACGAGACGCAGGUGUCACGGGCCACUCAGGGUGAACAGGACAAUUACGAGAUGCAUGUGCGAGCCGCCAACAUCGUCCGAGCCGGCGAGUCCCUGAUGAAGCUGGUGUCCGAUCUCAAGCAGUUCCUGAUCCUCAAUGACUUCCCCUCCGUGAACGAGGCCAUUGACCAGCGCAACCAGCAGCUGCGCGCACUGCAGGAGGAGUGCGACCGGAAGCUCAUCACGCUGCGAGACGAGAUCUCCAUUGACCUCUACGAGCUGGAGGAGGAGUAUUACUCGUCCAGCUCAAGCCUUUGCGAAGCUAAUGACCUGCCUCUGUGCGAAGCUUACGGGAGGCUGGACCUCGACACAGACUCUGCUGAUGGCCUCCCAGCCCCUCUGCUGGCGUCCCCGGAGCCCAGUGCUGGCCCCCUACAGGUGGCAGCCCCUGCCCACUCCCAUGCUGGUGGCCCUGGCCCCACUGAGCAUGCCUGAGCCUCCGGGGCCACCCUUCGUUGUCAGGAACAAAACCUGAGGCUGCCCUUUGGAUGCCCUCACAGCCUUGCUUCUCUCAGCCUAGGUUCCCAUUUGGGGACUUCAGGACCCCAGAGCCACUAGGACUUCCUUGGGAAGCCCGUUAGCCCAGGGUGGGUCCCGCCAGGACAGUAGGGAAACAGUUGUUUCCCUAGCCAUUUCCCAACAGCCCAUCAUUCCGAGUCAUCAUCUCUGUUUGCUGCCUUCCUGGCCAGCCAGGUGGAAGAAAGUUUCUAAGCUAGGUCUGGCCCGUUGGGGAUCUCAGCAGUGGGGCAGGAGGGUGCCUGAUUUCGGGGAGUCCUGACCCGAGCCUGUUGUCAGAGUUGGGAGGGGCUCCGAGCAGUGUUGGGCAGGCCGGGUCUCCCAUCCCCAGGCCAGCGUUCCUGUGCAGAGCCCCAUCCACUGGUUCUUGCCCUGAGCCACAUAUGUCUGUGCCAUGGGCUGAGUGCCACGACAGGCCUGUGUGACAGCUGCUGCCCACGCAUGUGGAAGCUAGGUGGGACUCAUUCCUAAUUCUGCCUUUGUAAUGAGACUUGAUUAAAACACCGCCACUUUUUUGCA